UCCCCUCGCGCGAAGCCGCGCACCGCCCCCGUGCGGCCGGCGGCGCGCGCUGCACCCCGCUCGGCGGCUGCCGCUCGGGCCGGGAUAUCCAUGGGGCGAACGGCGAGGCGAUGAGCCCCGGCGGGAGCCGGACGGCGGCCAGCGCCGCGCACGGGCAGCGGGGCUCCUCCAUGGGGGCUCGGCCGCAGUAGGAGCGGCGUCUCCCCGGGGCGCGAUCCGCCACCUCCCCCUCCCCCUCGGGCCUCCUGAGGAGGAUGGCGACGGCGGCCGCCCCGACCCAGCUCGAAGCCGAGCUCUACUACCUGAUCGCCCGGUUCCUGCAGUCCGGACCCUGCAAGAAAUCCGCCCAGGUGAGCGGGGAGCCGGGGGCUCCGGCCGCGCCGGGGCGGGCGGGGACGGGACGGGGACGGGCCGGGGCAGGAGGGCGGCGGAGCCGCCGCGCUGCGGGCGCCGGACUCACGUCCUUUGUGUGUGUGUGUGUCCGUCUGUCCGUCUGUCCCCAGGUGCUGGUGGAGGAGCUGGAGGAGCACCAGGUAAGGCGCCUGCCCCGGCAGGACGGGGGAAGCCCUCGGGACGGGGACGGGCGGGGGGUCGGGGGUUGCCCUGCCCCGUCUAACCCAGCCCACCUCCUCCCGGGGAUCCGGAGACCCUACGGGAGGCGGCGGGUGCCCCCACUGCGGGGACAGCGGCGGAGGGGGCUCCUCCCCGGGGCGGGCUGGCACCGGCGGGGGCUCCCCUCGCUCGCCCGGGGAGGGGUCGCUCCGCGCGGGGCCGGCCGGGGUCUGACGGCCGCCUUCGUCCCCGUCCCUCCUCCCCCUCCCCGUCUCUCCCUUCCGCAGCUGAUCCCCCGGCGCCUGGACUGGCAGGGCAAGGAGCACCGCCGGAGCUUCGAGGACCUGGUGGCUGUCAAUGCACACAUCCCUCCGGAUUAUCUUCUUAGGAUCUGUGAGAGACUUGGACCUCUUUUAGACAAGGAGAUCCCACAGAGUGUCCUAGGUGUGCAGACCUUGCUAGGUGUUGGGCGCCAGUCUCUAUUAAGAGCAGCAAAAGACUUCAGACAUACGCUAUGGAAAGGAUCUGCAUUUGCAGCUCUUCACAGAGGCCGGCCUCCCGAAUUACCUGUAAAUUACGGGAAACCACCAAACGUGGUAAAUAUAAUUUCUGCCAGGCAAUUAACUGGAUGUGGACGUUUCAGCCACUUGUUCCCAACAUCCACCUACCAACACAUGAAAAUGCAUAAGAGGAUUUUGGGACAUCUAUCAUCUGUUUAUUGUAUAGCCUUUGAUCGCAGUGGAAGAAGAAUUUUUACAGGGUCAGAUGAUUGUUUGGUCAAAAUCUGGGCUACAGAUGAUGGGCGCCUGCUCUCAACAUUGCGAGGACACUCGGCUGAAAUUUCUGACAUGGCUGUUAACUACGAGAACACGCUGCUUGCUGCAGGCAGUUGUGAUAAAGUAGUCCGAGUAUGGUGUCUUCGAACUUGUGCCCCAGUCGCAGUGCUGCAGGGCCAUUCAGCUUCCAUUACUUCCAUACAGUUCUCUCCAGCAAGGAAAGGAACAACACGAUACCUCACUUCUACUGGUGCUGACGGAACAAUCUGUUUCUGGCAGUGGCAUGCUAACACCAUGAAAUUUAAGGAUCGCCCUGUAAAAUUUGCAGAGAGGUCCAGACCUGGUGUUCAGAUAUCUUGUUCUUCUUUCAGUUCCGGUGGCAUGUUCAUUGCAACAGGUAGUACUGACCACGUGAUAAGAAUUUAUUAUUUGGGCUCAGAAUCUCCAGAGAAAAUGGCUGAGUUAGAAUCUCAUACGGACAAAGUGGUUGCAGUCCAGUUCUGUAACAAUGGUGACAGCUUAAGAUUUGUCAGUGGAAGCAGAGAUGGAACAGCAAGAAUAUGGCACUAUCAGCAGCAAGAUUGGAAGAGUGUGGUCCUGGAUAUGGCUACUAAAAUGACAGGAAACAAUGUAGCAUCUGGGGAGGACAAGGUGACUAAACUGAAGGUUACCAUGGUGGCUUGGGAUAGAUACGAUGCCACUGUCAUCACUGCAGUCAACAAUUUCCUUCUCAAAGUGUGGAACUCAUCCACAGGGCAGCUUCUUCAUAGUUUAUCUGGUCACGAUGAUGAAGUUUUUGUUCUGGAGGCCCAUCCAUUUGACCAAAGGAUUGUACUUUCAGCAGGUCAUGAUGGAAAUAUUUUCGUUUGGGAUAUAGACAAAGGAACAAAAAUUCGCAAUUACUUUAACAUGAUUGAGGGCCAAGGCCAUGGAGCUGUUUUUGAUUGCAAAUUCUCACCAGAUGGACAGCAUUUUGCCUGCACAGACUCUCAUGGACAUCUGCUACUAUUUGGCUUUGGAUGCAAUAAAUAUUAUGAAAAGAUUCCAGAUCAGAUGUUCUUCCAUACGGAUUAUCGACCACUGAUCCGUGAUGCAAAUAACUAUGUGUUGGAUGAACAAACUCAACAGGCUCCACAUCUUAUGCCUCCUCCAUUCUUGGUGGAUGUUGAUGGAAAUCCUCAUCCCACGAGAUUCCAGCGGCUGGUACCAGGGAGGGAAAAUUGCAAGGAUGAACAACUUAUUCCUCAGCUGGGAUAUGUAGCUAAUGGUGAUGGUGAAGUAGUUGAACAAGUCAUCGGGCAGCAAACUAACGACCAGGAUGAGAGUAUCCUUGAUGGAAUGAUCAGAGAGCUACAGAGGGAACAAGAUCUGAGACUAAUUAAUGAAGGAGAAACUCUUCCAAACCCUCCACUCAAUAGAUCCCAUUCUGUUAAUGGAGCUCUUCGAAGUCCAGGCUUGGAUGUCACAUCUCCACCAAACGUUGGUCUCCGGAGAAGUGGUCAGAUUGAAGGGGUCCGGCAAAUGCAUCACAAUGCUCCCCGAAGUCAAAUGGCAACCGAGAGAGAUCUCAUGGCGUGGAGCAGGAGAGUAGUGGUGAAUGAGCUUCCUCCAGGCAUCAGCAAGGUCCAGGAAGAAUGUCGAGCAGCCAAAGGUGAAAUCGAAAUUAAUUUAUACACUGUUGAAAAGAAGAGAAAGCCAUCCCACACCUUACAGCGGAACGAUUACCAGCCAGGAAGUGGAAGGUCUUUGAGAAGAAACCAGCGGAAACGCCAGCAUGCCUACCAAACACGCUCCACCAUAGAGCACAGUCAGCAAGGAGCAAGUCAGAACGCACGUGCACGGGAAGAAUCAGACAGCUCCUCAGAGGAAGAUGAGACUGUUGGCACAAGUGAUGCGUCUAUGGAUGAUGCUGUGGCAGCAUGGCAAAGUGAAAGUAGUUCCAGUGAUUCAUCAAGUGAAUAUUCUGACUGGACAGCAGAUGCUGGAAUUAAUCUUCAGCCUCCAAAGAGACAAACCAGGCAGGCAGCUCGGAAAAUCUGUAGUAGUUCUGAAGAUGAAAAUAUGAAGGGAACAAAAGGACUGGAGCCAAAACGAAGGAAACUUAAACAGCCUAGGAAAAAAAAACCAAGUGGACUGCUUUCGAUGGAAGGUGAACCCAGCGAAGAAUGGCUUGCCCCUCAGUGGAUCUUGGAUACUAUACCACGCCGCUCACCUUUUGUUCCACAGAUGGGAGAUGAGAUCAUAUACUUUAGGCAAGGCCAUGAAGCUUAUGUGCGGGCAGUAAGGAAAGCAAAAAUUUACACCAUUAACAUGCAAAAACAACCAUGGAACAAAAUGGAACUCAGGGAACAAGAAUUUGUGAAGACUGUAGGAAUUAAAUAUGAAGUUGGGCCUCCUACACUCUGCUGCUUGAAGCUUGCAUUCCUAGAUCCAAUCACAGGCAAAAUGACAGGAGAAUCAUUUUCCAUAAAGUACCAUGAUAUGCCAGAUGUUAUUGACUUCCUUGUGCUGCAUCAGUUUUAUAAUGAAGCCAAAGAAAGGAACUGGCAAAUAGGGGAUAGAUUUCGCAGUAUAAUAGAUGACGCUUGGUGGUUUGGAACUGUGGAGAGUCAGCAGCCUUUUCAGGCAGAAUAUCCCGAUAGCUCCUUCCAGUGCUACUGUGUUCACUGGGACAAUAAUGAAAGAGAGAGGAUGAGUCCAUGGGACAUGGAACCAAUUCCAGAAGGAACUGCUUAUCCAGAGGAGGUCGGUGCUGGAGUUCCUGUGACUCCAGAUGAGCUGACAGCUCUUCUUUACAAACCCCAGGAAGGAGAAUGGGGGGCCCAUUCCAGAGAUGAAGAAUGUGAACGAGUAAUCCGGGGGAUCGAGCAGCUUCUUUCCCUUGAUAUUUCUAAUCCCUUUGCUGUUCCGGUGGACCUUAGUGCCUAUCCCAUGUAUUGCACUGUUGUUGCUUAUCCAACUGACCUCACCACGAUCAGGAGGAGACUUGAAAACAGGUUUUAUAGGAGAAUCUCUGCACUGAUGUGGGAGGUGCGAUACAUUGAACAUAAUGCCAGGACUUUCAACGAGCCAGACAGUCCUAUAGUCAAAGCAGCCAAAAUUGUAACAGAUGUCUUACUUCGCUUCAUUGGGGAUCAGAGUUGUACUGAUAUAUUAGAAAUAUAUAACAAGGUAAAAGCAGAAGACCUAAGCAGUACUGAUGAAGAAGAGGAGGUGGCAGAAGUAGAUGUAGAUUCAGAUGCUCCAGGAACUUCCUCUGGAAAAAGACGAGUAAGAAGACGAAUAAAAAGACAGCCCAUGAAAGCAAGUCCUGAUGCUUGGAAAGAGCAAUGCAAUCAGUUAUUAAACCUGAUUUAUGAAAGAGAGGACUCUGAACCUUUUAGACAGCCAGUUGAUCUCUUCUCCUAUCCUGAUUAUCGAGAUAUUGUAGACACUCCUAUGGACUUCAGCACUGUGAAAGAAACCUUGGAAGCAGGAAACUAUACCAGUCCCUUGGAAUUCUACAAAGAUAUUCGUUUAAUAUUCUGCAACUCUAAAGCUUACACUCCUAAUAAAAAGUCUCGAAUUUACAGCAUGACACUUCGAUUAUCUGCCUUAUUUGAAAAUCAUAUGAAAAAUAUAAUCUCCGAGUACAAGUCAGCAAUGCAAUGUCAGAAGAGGAGAAGGCCACGGUACCGAAAACGGCUAAGAAGCAGUAGCAGUUCACCCUCAACUAGCAGAGCAUCUAGCCCAAAAGGGAAACAGAAGCAAAUGAAGAUUCAACCUAAACCCAACCAGAAUACCUCACUGCCUUUGACUAGGACUAGUUCUUCAGUUUCAUCUCAUGUUUCAGAUACAGCAGAAGAACCUCUGGGUUCAGCUACUGGUGAAGAGAUGGAAGGUCAGCCAUCUUCCUCAGGCUCAAAUGCACAGAACCGAAGUGGAAAUACCAUUGAUCCAGGGAAAAGUAGACCAAUCAGGAGUAAAUCUACACCAGUGAAACAAGAUCACUCUCCUGAUGGACCACUCACAAAUGGUGAUGGCAGAGAACCUCGGACAGGAGUCAAGAGGAAGUUAAUAAGUGCAUCAGAAGAUGAGCAUCUGGAGGAGGUGGAGGAAGAGGAAAAGAAGAAGAGAGAAUUAAAGGAAAAAUCUGGUUUAUCUUCAUCAGAAAGUGGGGAGUCGGGAUCCAGUUCAAGUUCUGAAAGCAGAAGUGGUUCUGAUUCAGAUUCUGAAUCAACAUCUAGAACAGACCAGGAUUACAUUGAUGGAGACCAUGACUACAGCAAAGUUGUGCAAUCCAAAAAACCCAAAAGAAAAAUCAAAAGAAAAAUCACCGGUGGGAAACGGAAUUGGCAGGGCAGAGGGACAGGGAGGAGAGGUAGAUGGGGGAGGUGGGGGAGAUGGAGUAGAGGGGGAAGAGGUGGUAGAGGUGGAAGAGGCUGUGGCAGAGGAAGAGGUGGCGGCAGGGGAGGAAGAAGAGGCCGAGGAGGCAGAGGAGCCUCACGAGGAGCCACCAGAGCAAAACGUGCCCGAAUUACAGAUGAUGAAUUUGAAAAUCUGUUUGGAGGACAAUUUGGUGAAAAUGUGUUCGGAGGGCGAUUCAGUAGACCGCCUCGAAUCAAAACAAGGAAUGAGGGCAGGAGAACUGUCUUGUACAACGAUGAUUCUGAUAAUGACAAUUUUGUGCACACCGAGGAUCCUUUGAACCUUGGUACUUCCAGGUCAGGCAGGGUGCGGAAAAUGACAGAAAAAGCCAGGGUCAGCCAUCUCAUGGGAUGGAAUUAUUGACAGAUGAAAAACUUUGGAACAAUUUUAAAAGAACUUCAAUGGCCUUCUACUGCAGGGAUUUUACCAGAAAAUCUACCAAGCAAGUUGUGCGGGGACUCCACUCACGUUUCACAGUGGUGCUUUUCCAUUAUGUCAGUUUGCGUUUCUUUUAAAACUUCAGAUCGCCACACUUCAUUGGUCAAAACUAGCCUUAUUCAUUGGGCCUUAAAUUACAGAAAUUCUCCCCCACACACUACAAGUUCAUCACAUUAAUGAGGCUUCCAGCUUCUCAAUAAGAACAUGACAUUUUGAGUCACGAUUAUGACUUCUCUCCCUUGUUUUGUUUUUGUAUUAUAGAAAUAGCACCUUCUUACAGAGUUUUUAUGUGGUUUCUGCCAUAAAUCCUUAUACACAGUAAUAAUUAUAACUUUUGCACAAUACACCAAUCCUAAAGGCAGCUAUAAAAUGUUUACAGUUUCUAUAUUGUAAGAAGGAUCUGGAUUAUUUUAAUCUUCCCAGGCCAAAUGUUCAUGAAUUGUGCUGAACUGAAGUAUGUCUAUACUACAGUUAUGGGGGUCCUGAUGUGCUUUCUAUCGGUUCUUUAUUCAUGUAAAAAGUGACAAAGGGUUGGUGCCUUGUAAAUAUGUAGCAAACCUUUGAUGUGGUGUGUCCUAUGUGUGCAUUAACUUUAUUAAAAAGAGAAUACUUGAGAAGUAUGAAUAUCUAGACAAAAGGUGCCAAAUGCAAAAGUUACUUGCAUCUAUUUUCUUUUUGUCCGCUCAUAUUUUUAUAGUAUUAAUAGAGAUUGUGCAGCUAAGGGGUAACUUCAACAUUUGAAAGGUUCCUCCUCUUCAGAGCAUAACGUGAUUUUUAAUAGUAGCUCAGCUACCUCUAUUUACAACUACUGGAAACUUAAAAGAAAAUAGAUGCUAUUACUCAGUAUGUGUUGAAGAAGAGGCAAGAAGGAAAGUAGAGGGAUGGAAUUGCUCGUGAAGUUGUAGAGUAAUGGUAUCUUCAUUAUAUCGACACAAUGAAAACAAAUUAAGUAAUCAUCAGAGUUUUCAGAAGCAUAAUGUUUUCAGCAGAUGGUGAUUUGUUUGUGCAGAUAGGCCGACGGUCUCCCACACAUUUCUGCUGCCACUUGCUUGGUGCAAAUCUGUGUUUGGUUUCAUUUGCCCCUCGAAGGUGAUGGAGCUGGGCAGAGCCCGGGUACCUCUGGUGGCUGGCAGUUCGGACAAGCUCCCGCUCGCGUCCUCCAGACGGACUCUUGUAUCUCAAGCUUCCAGAAGAGAAUUUGUGUUGCACUGUGCUCUUGUUAUCCUGAGAAAUGCUAACUUGAAAACAGAAAUCGUUUUGGUAGUAAUAGUACAGUAUGGGACAACAUUUGUAGUCUUGCUCCUCGGUGAACAGAAACAGUUGUUUGGCGUGGGCUGAGCUGGAGACGAGCAGCCUCUGACUUCGUAGUGACUUCAAUUUUCUCCCAUUACCUAAACGAACCUGACAGCUCUAGCUUGGUUAAGAGAGUGCGUUAGAUUACACAGAGAGAACAAAUGAAAAAAGAGACUACAAACUUUUGGUGGAGUUUUUCAAGACACUUUUUUUUUUUUUUUUUUUUUUUUUUUUAAACUUUCAUCCAAUAUCCUUAAGUUCUUCUGUGCACAGCUUGGUCAAUAAUUCUGGAAAACCUCAGGCAGCAAAGAGUGACCCAUGUAUAUUCUCAGAUGCAGAAGGAAUUUAAUUUUUGACUUUCUAUAUUAAGCACUAGCUAUUUUAUCUCGCUUUCCAAAAAUUCUAGUUAGAUGCAAAAUGACUUGAAGAAAUGCAGAGGUUUAGUUUUGUGAUGGAGGAGAGUAUAUCCUAAAUUGCUCAGAGCAUUAAUAUGAGUUUAUGGUACAGUACAAAAAUCACACUUUUAAUUUUUUAAGGAAUGUUUUGAAUCUGCCAUAAUCCAUUUCUGGACUUGAUUCAGUUGUGUUUUGGUGGGGAAAAAAAAAAAGGUGCAGAGGCUCUCCUAGUUCUGUAUUGGGCUUUAAAAUAUAAACACCUGUCCUAUCAUCUCUCUCAUAUAUAUGUAUAUAUAUACGCACAUAUAUAUUUAUAAGAAAUGUAUUAUUUCUUUGACUGGUCCUUCUACAUAUGGUAACCAGAAAUAGCAUGUAUGCAUCAGUUCAUAGUCAGAAUCAUACCCCUUCUAGAUCAGUCCUGUUGAGCUAAUGUAAACACUAUGGUUUCUGUUCUAAAGCCUGAAAAUCUUGAAAUGCAAAAGAAAUGUUUUUCCUAUAUUUCUGACUGGCUGAAGAUCCACUUACUUAUUUAUUUUGUGUAGGGGUUGGGGAGAGAGAAAACGUGGAUUCUGGAGAAAUCAUUUUAUAAGUUUGUGUAUUUUAGCAGCAAUUAGAAUAAUAUUAAAUAUGUUCUUAAAUGUA